AUGGCAUCUCCGAACGUUAUGGAAGGGUGGCACAAACUUCCACACGAACUACGACUGGAAAUCCUCAAAUUCGCACUCACACCUCCAAUCAAACUUCCAACCCCUUCAGAAGUUCAACCUGAUGACUGCGUGAGAGCAUGCCUCCAAGUAUGGAAUAGGAAACCCCGGAAUUUAGCGACGGACCUACUUCUGGUGAACAGGCAGUUUCGCGACAAUGUUCAGCGCAUCAUCGAAUUCAUGCCAGAAGUGUAUCACCUCGACGUUAUGGUUCUCAAAGAUUACGGACUUUGGACAACUUGGUACCUCCCGAAACUGCCCGAAUUUACCUGCAUCGAUGAAGUUACCGUCACAUUUCGCAUCUUUCAAUCCGCUGAUGAUCGACUAUUUGGAAUACGCGAGCGGGUGGACACAUGCGAUGCGGGACCUUCAUAA